UGCGUUCCCGGGUGUGGGCAGCACUUCCGGCCUCGCCGCCCUCAGUGAGUCUGUGUGACCGGCGCGUGUUGGGCGCUGAGCGAAGUGUCCUGUUAGCGCUUCCAAUAACUCUCGCCGCCAUGGCUGAGCCAGAAGGGAGAAGUCUGGACGACUUUUUCGCGAAGAGGGACAAGAAGAAGAAGAAAGAUAAAGGAGGGCCAGUGAGUGCGGCAGGAAGCCGUGGGGCAACAAGGCCGCCUGACGGGGCACCUUCAUCAUUUUCAUCUUCCGCCUCCUCCAUGUCCGGAGCAGGGAAAGGCAUAAAGAAGGAAAAGUCUGGGAAGAGCGAGAAUCCAGAUCAACUACAGGAAAAAGAAGAUGAUGAAUGGAAAGAAUUUGAGCAGAAAGAAGUUGAUUACUCUGGCCUUAGGAUUCAGUCAUUACAAAUAAGCAGCAAUGAAAAAGAUGAUGAUGAAUAUGAAAAGAAGGAAGAACAAGGAGCAGACUGGGAAGAUAUUGGAGGUUGUGGCACAGACAAGUCAUCUGGUCCUUGGAAUAAGACUGCUCAGGCCCAGGCUCCCAUAAGUGCUGUUAUAGAAGCUCCAGAGCCGGUACAUACUGGUGGUGUAUAUCGACCUCCUGCAGCCAGAGCCUCUGUUGCAACACGAAAACCCCAGGGUCCACCCGAAAUUUUUAGUGAUACACAGUUUCCAUCGCUUCAAGCCACUGCCAAACACAUAGAGUCCCGCAGGGAUAAAGAAAUGGAGAAGACUUUUGAAGUAGUAAAGCAUAAAAAUCGUGCAAGGGAUGAAGCGGCCAAGAACCAAGCCCUCCGACUUCAGUUAGACAACCAGUAUGCGGUUUUAGGCGAACAGUAAAGCGGCAAAUACAAAUUUAUUGUAUUUUAUAAAUAUAUAUAUAUUUUUUUUUUUUUUACUGACCCACCAAGGUAAGCAAACUACAGCUCUCAAAAUAUGAACAGAAACUUGUUGGAACUGUCCGAUGUCCUGCGUUAUGAACUUGAUGAAAAAUAAUCGGAAUAUUAAAACAUCACAGCCCUUUAGGUAUUUUUUUCCUGAAUCUGGGAAUGGGUGCCUCUCAAGGCACUGAAAACUGUUCAUGAAUUCCCAACAUUUUGAAAACCUUACACAUCAAAGAAGAGAAUUGAGAAAUCAGCAUUCAGUGGUCAUAAUCAAAAUAUUUUUAUGCUGAGCCUUGACUAAGGUUGACUACCUCAGAUUUGCUGUGCGUAAUGCGGACACCACAUGGAUUGCAAGCUCUUUGGGAAAAGUCAGCUCUUCAGAUUGUUGUCUGCUUUCAGUGUCAAUGAUUUAAGUGACCUUAAAGGGAUUAUUAGUAGAAGUACCAUUAAAGUCUUUACAGUUUUUAUAUAGGUCUGCAAUUGGUACGGGUCUCUAAAGAAAUUCUAAUCCUUGAUAGUGCAAAGCUGUAGUUUGUUACCCUUUUAAAGGGCAAAACGCAUCAGAAACUGCAAGAGAAGGGUACAAUGUCUGGCUUAUUGGCUUGCUUCCUGCUGUUAACCUCUAAAAGUAUCCAUUGCCUACUCAAGGGCAAGUCUCUGUAAUGUUUAAAUAUUCAUUCUAGAAGUGCCACACUCACUGGGGCAAUAAACCUGCACUGGCUAAUGAGUAAAGAGAUUUGCAGUGUGCUUUAUGCAGAUUUACAGAUUUCAGGCUGGUGUGUAAUGCAUCAGCUAAUAACAAGCAAAUUGGGUUAUUCUGCAUUUCAAUGGGUCCCCAUCAGAUGGCUUGUUGCUGGUAAUUGGAUGCCAAUUAUUUGUUAAAUUGGAGAAUAAGACAUGUUGUCUGGGUUGGGCACACACGGCAACAAUGUCAUUUAAAGGUGAGCUCCACCCAAAAAUACAUUUUACAUCAAUAAUUACUCAGUACAAAUAAAACUAAUAAUUAAAUGCAGUCUCACUUCUUCCUGUUGGAGCUCUAGACCUGCGUAGUUUUGUCUUUGCCCCUUCACACUAACCAUACAAGCUCUGAUAGGAAUUCUUGCUCUGUAAUAUACAGAUUCUGCUCCUCUGACCCAUUAUUGCUGCAGUGGGUUAAAAGGUUGCCUUUCCCUUUUCUUUUAAGCUUCAAGCAAGGAAUCAUUGGUGAAAGCCUUUAAAGGUGGCCACACACCUCCUUCUGCCGAUUCAGCCCUGAAGGCAGAUUUUGCUCCGGUGCCUUCAAUGGCGCCCAGUCAAAAUCUUCUAACCUGCCCGAUUGUCGAGUUGACCGAUAUCCGCAGUCUUCUGCGAUAUCGGUCGCCUCGCUGACUUUCCAUACUCGCACUGAAACAAGGUUUUGUACAAUAUCAUUGGUGUGUGUAUGGCCAGCUUUAGUCUGCUUCAGGAGCAGCAGCAAUAGUAGCUCUCUGGAGCAGACCUGUAUUAAGGUGGCCACACACGUGGCAAUUUUCGAUGGUUGCGCGAAAGAUCGUUCCAAUCCGCCACUAACGUUCAGGGCUGAAACUGCAGAUAUGGAGGUAGAAACAAUAGGAUUUCUACCUCCUUCUGCCGAUUCAGCCCUGAAGGCAGAUUUUGCUCAGGCGCCUUCUAUGGCGCCAGAUCAAAAUCUUUUAACCCACCCGAUCGGCGAGUCGACUGAUAGCAGCAGACUCCUGCGAUAUCUGUCGCCUCGCCGACUUGCCAUUCAUGCACCGAAUAUCGGAGAAAACGAGGUUUCGUACGAUAUUAUCUGUGCGUGUAUGGCCAGCUUUAUAAUGAAAAGCAUGCACAGCAUAUGGAUUUCUACUCUCACUGCACCAACUGUAAGUAGAAAGGCACUUAUUGUAACUUAAACUCCACUGGUCUGGAAUCAGCAAGCACAGGCAGGAAAUUGCAUUUCUCUCUAAUCACAGCCAAUUGUAAAUGUUUUAGCUGAACUGCAUUACCAUCUGUAUGUAUGGGAUCCAAAAUAAGCAUUUCUGGUGUGAAGUAGAACAUAGCUGAUAGGUCAAUACUGAACCAGUAUGACCAGUGAACACUUGUGAUUGUCGGCUAACCGGAAACACAUUGGCUGCUCUUCGUCAUAACGUUCUCUCUUGGGCCAAUGAAGUAUUUGGCCAAAUAACUCGGCAUCAGAGGCUGUUUGGUUUGAGAGCACGUUGUUCCAUGGAAAGCUUAGCGUUAGGGUGUCCUGUCAGUCUCUGAUUUCCGAAUCCUCACACAGAUUGGAUAUAGACUAUUCUGGUGAUCACUGUAGCAUGCAGUUAUGAUUGAUGUGUAGUCUGAUAUGCUGCACUUUGUCUUCCGCCUUCUCACCAUUUCAUCUUCACCCAUCAGACAAAACUUCUGCCUUUAGUUGAGCAUCUCUUUGCUUACCUUAGAACUCUGAUGCCUAACUGUAAUCCUUUUCUGUAAUUGACCAGCAAACACAGGUCUCGGCUAUAGGUAUGUUAUUGGGAAUGAGCUGAUGUGAGACUGGGCUAGUUUCAUUCUGACAGCAUUUAAAGACCAGGGGUUUUAUAUUUAAAUUCUGGUUACAUUUUUAGAAAGGUUGUAUACUUACAAACAUGUGACUUGAGGUUUUUAUCAUGCUGUAUGAGGGGUUAAUAGACUGUCCAUUGUGGGAUUCUCAAACAUAGACUUGACUUAAAUUCAUGUGAUAUUAAUAAACUUAAUUAAAAUUGA